UACACAAAGUCAUGGCCUAUGCUCAUGGAUGGAGAGACCCAUCUAGUUGUUGUCUUUUUUAAAGAUUUGAGACCGAUCCAGAAUGAGUGAUCAAAAACAAUUAUAUGUGAGGACACCAUUGAUCGAAAGCACACCACUCUCUAAACAUGCAUCGUUCAAAGUCUAUUUGAAGCUAGAGAACACACAGCCUGCAGGAUCCUUCAAGAUUCGUGGCAUUUCAAACUUAUGCAAAAAGGCAAUUCAGAAAGGCUGCAGACAUAUUGUCAGUUCUUCUGGGGGAAAUGCAGGUCUAGCUGCAGCUUAUGCAGCUAGGCAGCUUGGUGUUAAAGCCACAGUUGUCAUUCCAGAAAGUACGCCGGAGUUUGUUGCUCAGAAGUUGCGAGAUGAGAAUGCAACAGUAGAGUACCAUGGGAGGGGAGGGUCAUGCUUCAAUGAUUGAGGAAAUAGCAGACGACAUUCCGUUGAAGCCGGACGUGGUUUUUACAGUUGUCGGUGGUGGGGGCCUACUAUGUGGUGUCAUCCAAGGGUUGAAGAGAGUGAGAUGGAAUGAUGUACCGGUAAUUGCUAUUGAAACAGUGGGUGCAGAUUGUUUCAAUGCUGCUGUUAAUAAAGGAAAGUUAGUUACACUGCCUGAUAUAACCAGUGUUGCUAAGUCUCUCGGUGCACUGACAGUUUGCCAGCAAGCCUUUGAUUACCACAGUGAGCAUGAGAUCCAUUCUGUUGUGGUACCUGAUAAGGAUGCUGUUGAAGCAUGUCUAAGAUUCACAGAUGAUCAUAGAAUUCUUGUUGAACCGGCAUGUGGUGCUGCUCUUGCUGGCAUCUACAGCGAUAUUGUUCCCAAGCUUCAACAGCAGAGCAAGUUACGGGGCGCAAUUCAGUCUGCAGUUGUCAUUGUGUGUGGAGGAUGCUCAAUAACGUUUGAGCACUUGAACAAAUACAAACAACAAUUUGGAUUAUAACAAUCUAAAGUAUUUAAUUUUAAUUAUUUAAUGGUUUGGUUUGAUUUGAUAAAACUUUGCAUCUAUAUGCAAUUAAUUUAAUAAGUUUAGAUCAUGAAUGCCUUUAGCAUAAUUUUGAGAACUAUCAUUAAUUUUGGUAUUUUAUGUUUCAGGGUCUUAGAAAACAUACCAGUACUUACAUAUUUAUAGUCAACAAAUUUUUAUCAAUACUAGAUGUCAAUUUUGCAUUUUCUAUGAUUAUUUUAUUAUUUAUGCUAUUAUGAAUAGGGUAAAGGAGGGAAAGAUUUUACCUUUAUUUGAAAUUAUUCAAUUACUACUUACUUACUUUAGACAGAUGCAUUGUUCGAGUCCCACCCGAGAACAACUUGCGAUUUUUUUCACAAUUGUUUUCACACGUACUGAAGAGUAUUCAGUACAUUUCCACUUCAGGUAGGGCAAAAUUACACCUAUAUUUGAUUCUCCUGACGCAAACCAUCACAACAAUAACAAUUAAUAUCAGAUACAUUGUGUUCCCUAAGUAAUACAGUAAUUAAAUCAUUCCAAUCAUAUUUUUGUUCCAAAUUUGUCUUUCUAAUGUAUUAAUUUCAUAAACAACCAGUGGCAAACCAUUUUGUUAAAUGUUAAUAAGGGACAGUUGCGUGUUUACUGGGCAUGAAUAGGACAAACACUCCCCAGUACUUUUCAAAAAGGAAAAUAAAUACAUAUUGAAAAUCGUGAAUUUUUUAUUUACCACUGUGGGCCACACCCAAACAUUUUCCAGUGUGUGCUUUUACCAAUGUUCAGUGUCAGGUUGGUGGGCCACAACAAAAUCACUCGGGCCACAUGUCGACCAAACAACCUAAUAUAAAUAAUAUUACUGUACUUGAGGAAAAUUAAGUUAAUUGUACCAAUAGCCUUUUCAUCAGUCAUGAAAGUUAUACAGCACUGUUAUUCUAUAAAUACAGUAUGAUUAAAUAUGCCCCAAUAGAAUUAAAUAUUUUGAAACAUCUAAAUCCUCCAUUCCAAAUCACAUUUAAUAUCAAUGUCCAUGAGUAUACAUUUUGAAACACAACUGCUUUUUAAAAAUUUAAUUUGAAAAUUAGAGAAUUGGAAUUACUUAUCUAAAAGAAAACAUUUUUUUCAUAGCUAUGCCAUUUAUUUAAAAUAAACUUUAUUAAUCACCAUUCAAUAUAAUGUAUCUGGAAAAUCAAGUUAGGGAAAUGUCAGUGACAUACUGUACAAGCCAUCUAAGCAAAAGGCCUUCAACCAGUUUGGGUUUCUGGUUUGACCACACCUCUAAUGAACCAAAUCAUUCUCCUACUUCCAUCAGAAAAUCAAAAUGAUUAAAUUCAUCAUUUACAAGUCAGAAUUCCUAUAACAACUCUUUUCAUGGACCUCGUCUAGGCCAUCUAUGUACCCCUUGAGCUCUGGCUCUUAUAGAUUAUCCCCACCACGCAAGGAAUCCUGGUUAGUGGUCUGAGAAAUAUGGAACAGACUAAAUUUCAUCAGCACAAACUGACAAGAUGUCAAGUAAUGUUACUAUUAUCACAAAAUAUUUUAAUCAGUGUUGUAUUUCCCUAAUCUAAUCCCAUUCCAUCCUCAAUCCCACUGAUGUGCCCGUUCAAAUUAACUUCCCAUAUGAUUCUUCCAUCAGCAGGAUUUAUAGCUGUAAAAAACUAAGUGUGGGUUGGUGAUAACAUUGGU